CCUACCUGGCUGCAACUUUUCUAGGGUACCCAGUGGAACCCUCUCCUCUCCGAGCAUCCUGGGCGCCAAGACCUUCAUAGUGGAGGGAAAGCAGCCUUGUUAUAGCCCUUGGGAAGCUCUGAAGCUCCAGACUGCAAAUUUCCAAGGGCAGGGCUGUAGGUGCCUAGUGGGGACAUUCCGGAAAGUCAUGUCUUCUUCUUGGGACACCCCCUAUCGGAGGGCUCCAAUGCCUGAGACUGUGGUGAAAAUUAUUGGGAGUAAGCAUUAUCGAUUUCUGGUGGAAAAGCCAAAGACUCAGGUGAAGGAGAACACAACCACCAAAGUUCAGCCUGAGCUGGGGCCAUUGGUACCCCGUCAUGGAAGGCAGUUGGGGGAAAAUCCACCAGCUCUCAACAGUCCUGCUGAUCCUAAAGUCAAAUUCAACCCUGGUUGCAGAGAGCAGAACAAAGGUGGAAAGGAAGAAGACACACCUGUCCUCGUAGGAGCAGGCAGUGGUAUUCUAAAAUGGGCAAAUGCUCAGUGUAGCUCCGUGCCCUCGGGAGACCAGUCGCUGUCCUACCUUCAUGGCCUCCCCAAACCCAGCCCAAUAGAUUGGCCCUUGGAACACAUGUCUAGAAAUGGUCCCGGUGGGCUCAAGAGCCUUGGUCUGAGGUCAAGUGAAGAUGAGUCUCUUCUGGCCAUGGUUGAAAGAGAAUUCAAGGUACAUCCUCCAAGUUCUGAUUUGCUGGACAAGCUGGAAAAGGAAUUGAAGGUCCUGGAUCCCAUCUCUUCUGGACUUCUUCUUCAAUCCCAGCUGAGCCGAUUGCUAGUAAAGCAUGAGGUCCCUCUUCAGUUGCCCACUGUCAAGUUACUUUUCCAGAGGUUCACUCAGACCAGAUACUCAGAGCUGAUCAAUUAUAAAAAGCUGCUGUGGUUUUUAAGAUUAGCUGCAUCAAAUGAAACUUGGAGGAGUGAGUCCCCGGCUGAUGGCAUCCCGGUAAAAACAGAGGAAAUCAAUGAUCUUGACCCAAGUUCAUCUUCUGAAGCCAGUGAUGACCUAACUGGGCUUCUCAGGAGCGCCCUGAAGACAUCCGAGAACAAACUCAACAUUGAAAACCUUCACCUGAGUUUUCAUAAAGAAGACCAACCCUUCUCUGGUCGCCUGCCACCCUCCAAGGUCAAGGCUAUUUGUGAGCAACAUGGACUCACUCUGUCCCCAUCACUGAUGGGGGCUUUGUGUAGCCAUCAGGAUUUGAAUGUACAAGAUGAAAUCAAAUGGCAAAAAUUGAUGGAGUUCUUGAUCAAAGCUUCCUCGGACAAGCCUUCUCCUUUGCCCAAACCUACAGGAACAAAGAAAGAGGAAGUUCCAUCUACUGUUUUGGCUGUUAGAGGUUCAGAGAAGACGCAAAGCCCAACUGAGACUCUCAAACACACAGAAGACGGGGAGUCACCCCCUGCAAACCCUGCUCCCGAGACGAGGGCCUCCAAGCAAAGCGAGGCCGGCAGGAAGACCCGACCAGCCUCACAGCCGUAUCUGAGCCAACUCAGGAACGAGGAGGCCCACAGGGAGACGUGGAUGGACCGCUUCCGAAAGCUAGAAAACGCCCUCUACUUGUGUGAUGUGAACAAUACAGGUGUUCUGGAGAAGGAGCGAGCCAAGCGCCUCAUGCACAACUACAAUCUCAUUUAUAACCUCGCCCUCAGCCCUCUGAAAAUUGAUCAGGCAGCUCGGAGGUUUCGACAGGGAGAGAACCUUCUCUUGGAGCCGGCACUGCGGUAUCUGAAAGAGCUGUAAGAUGUGCCUAGAUUGUGCUAACAGGUGUUUGCUGUGUUUCCCCUCUUGUACCCAGGGACAUGUUUUUCUCAGUCUGAGGAAGGGAGAGAUGAAGCAUUCCCAAGGAGGUGUGGCCAGCGUAGGCAUCCUGGGCGUGCCUCUCAUGGCCUUCGUGUCUCAGACCAACCCCCUUUUACCAAAUGACAUGAAGGCGGGCAAGCUUUAUUUGGUUUGGUGAGAAUCUAAUGAGAACUGUCACCAACCAGUCCAGCCAUUUUCUCACUGUGUGACCUUUGAACUUUGGGCCUCAGUUUCCUCCUUUAUAA